UCCAUCACCAUCCUUCUCUUCUCAUAAGCUCAAGUGUUUGGUUUUUUUGACAAAUUGUUUGUUUCAUACCUCAUACCGCCCUCUCUCUCCCUCCCUCUCUCUCCCUCCCUCUCUCUCUCUCUCUCUCCCCCUCUCUCUCUCUCUCUCUCUCUUUCUCUCUCUCUCUCUCUCAAUUCUAAAAUCUAAAAUUUCAUAUCCAAGAGAGGAAAAGGAGAUAUAGAGAAAUCUAUUGGGGGUUAUUUAAAAAAAAAACAGUUUUACAAAAUCCAUUCAUAGAUUCCCCAAGAUUCGAGGGAAUUGAUCUCAAGAGGAUAUAUCUUCUCUCGAUUCUUGAUUUCGAGCUCCGAUUUCUUCUUCUUCUUCUUCUCAAGAUAAGAUUGUUCCCUUUGAUACCCAGAUUCGCGGAAUUGACAUCAUUAUCCACAAAAAAUAUGAUUAUUGUUUAUCACAUGCGUGAAACAAGCUAAUCCAUCGUCACUCUCCGGCUUCUCUUCUUAUUUUUUCUGCCAUUUUUCCUUGAAGAAUUCUUUUUUUUUUUCUUUUUCUUUUUUUUUUGGUUGGGUGACGAUUCAUGGACUACUCCAAAGAAACGGAAGGAAAGAGAAUCCAUGAUCCAUACAAUUUCUCCAACAACAUGGCCAAAUCAUCAUCUUCCCCGACCGCCACAAGAACCACGACGAGAAGAAGGUGCGUAUGGGUUCCCGGACCGGUUAUUGUCGGCGCCGGGCCGUCGGGACUGGCCGUGGCGGCCUGUCUGAAGGCGAAAGGAGUCCCGAGUUUAAUUCUCGAACGUUCGAAUUGCAUAGCCUCGCUAUGGCAGUUCAAAACGUACGACCGUCUUCGUCUUCACCUCCCCAAGCAAUUCUGCGAGCUUCCAUUGUUUCCCUUCCCUUCAAACUUCCCGACUUACCCCACAAAGCAACAGUUCCUCUCGUACCUUCGCUCGUACGCUCGCCGGUUCGGGCUCGAACCGGUCUUUAACCGGACGGUGGUCAGCGCGGAAUUCGACGGGCGAUGUGGGUUUUGGAAGGUGAAGACGAUGGGGCCCAAGAGGGAGGAGGAGACGGAGUAUGUUUGCCGGUGGUUGGUGGCGGCGACGGGGGAGAAUGCAGAGGAGGUUUUGCCGGAGAUUCAGGGGAUGGACGGUUUUAAUGGACCGGUUAUUCACACGAGCUCUUAUAAGAGCGGCGAAAUGUUUAUGGAGAAGAAGGUUUUGGUCGUUGGUUGUGGAAAUUCCGGCAUGGAGGUUUGCUUAGAUCUUUGCAACUUCAAUGCUCGUCCCUCUCUCGUGGUUCGCGACUCGGUGCACGUUUUGCCGCAAGAAAUGCUCGGGAGAUCAACUUUCGGUCUGUCCAUGUGGAUGCUCAAGUGGUUACCGAUGCGUGUUGUGGAUCGGUUCUUGCUACUAAUGUCUCGGUUGAUUCUUGGCGACACAGAUCAGUUAGGGCUAAUCCGACCAAAACUUGGUCCCCUAGAACUUAAGACCGAAUCUGGAAAGACUCCUGUCUUGGAUGUGGGCACGCUGGCCAAAAUACGAACCGGAAGCAUCAAGGUUUAUCCGAAGUUGAAGCGGGUGAUGCACCACUCGGUUGAGUUUGUCGAUGGGAGAGUGGAUAACUUUGACGCCAUUAUACUUGCUACCGGCUACAAAAGCAACGUCCCCAUGUGGCUAAAGGGGAUGGAUAUGUUCUGUGAGGGAGAUGGAUUUUCCCGAAAGCCGUUACCUAACGGAUGGAAAGGCGAUAACGGGUUUUACGCCGUUGGAUUCACGAAACUUGGAUUGCUUGGUGCGUCGAUUGAUGCCAAGAGAAUCUCCGAGGACAUUGAACUUCAAUGGAAGGCCGAGGCCAAGAAUUUCUCGGCCUUUCAUCGUUCUCUGCAGCGUUAACCGGAUAUUUUGAUAUCCGGUGAUGGGUUUUUAGGAAGGGAAAAGGAAAUUGGUUUCACAUUUAUGUGAUGUUCCUAACUCUUUUAAAAUUUGUGACAUGAGGCUUGGAAAGGUAGGGUUAGAUCAAAGUUAGGUCAAAGAUUUUUGGUUGUUUCCCUCUUAGCAAUAGAUGAUCCACCUUUGUAUUUACAUAUAUGUGUGUUUGCUUUUGUGUAUAUAUAUAUAUAUAUAUAUAUAUAUAUAUAAGAUUACUGUAAGUGAUUGUAAUUGAAGCUCUUUAUAUUCACAUGUUUCUCUUUUAGUUUUAGGGUUUUGGUCGAAUGAGGAAUUCGGUUUUGUGUCUUUAUGGAUGCUUUAAAAUUCAUGUGGUGGUGGAGAAUUAGAUAACUCCCGAAGAUGUAUUAAUUUAA